UUGUUCAGAGGGGUGCGUUUAUAUUACUGAAAAUGCUUCCUGUUAAAUCGCCACUAGAUCGCCCCGAAACCAUGACCCCUCGGACAUUGGCGAACACCAUGCGGCCCCAUCAUCACGGGCACUGGCGGGCACUCCGCUCGGUAUAAAAGUGUUUCACCCAACGCGUUGCAGGCCUUUCGCCCCCACUUCUAGUCCAAGGCAGAACAACUAUGCAGCAAAUUGUGGUGGAUGAUCAAGAAACCAAGCUGUCAUACAUUGACAGCGGUGUUCCUGCUUCAAAAUCAGGCAAUAAUUAUACUACAAUCUUCGCCAUCCAUGGCUCGGUAUUUACCAAUCAUGUCUUUGAAAAGCUGAUGGCUGCCGCUGCCGAACAUAACAUUCGUAUCGUCGCCAUGAAUCGCAGAGAAUACCCAGGUUCGACCCCACUGUCCCCCUCCGAUAUCCAGAUUCUCAGCUCGGGUACCGACGACGAGAAAGCUGCAUUUCUGCGUGCUCGGGGGCUCGAGAUUGCCACCUUCGCCUGUCGUUUCGCUCAACAAUACGACAUCCCUCGUAUCUCUGAAGAUGGCAAGACCGGCGGGUUUGUAAUAUUUGGCUGGUCCUUCGGCUGCUCGAUUGCUCACCCUGCCGUCGCCCACUUCGAUGCCCUCCCGCCCCCCUCGAAGCAGUACUUUUCCACAAAUCUCCGCGGUCUCAUUCUCCUAGAGCCGCCAACUGUCACACUCGGCACACCGAUGCCGCCCAAGGCCUGGUCGCCGCACAUCGACACUACUGUUCCCCAAGAGCUCCGCGACCCCUUCUUCGGCCACUGGAUCUCCUCUUACUUCAAGCACGGCGACAUAUCUACUCGGGACCUCGACGUCCUGUCGUACAUCGUGCCUGGGACGUUCCGUGCACCGAGCAUCUACUCGAUGUCGGAGGAACAGCUGGCGAAGAUGACGUACGACCCGCCGGCGCAGACGUCAGACCUGCCAUUCAUGAUCUUCUGUUCGGCGGCAGCCAACGCGAGCUACCGCAAGGCGUUCUUCGACAAGGACGUCAGGGCUGCGCUUCCGGGGAUGAUGGUGGCUGUCAUCAUGGGUGACGCGACAUCUGCGCUCUCACUGGCCGCGUAUUUUGCGGUCCAGAAUGACGAUGAUGCGCUUGGGGGCGGGUUUGUCAGGUUUAAAGAGCUGCACGGCACGAACCAUUUUGUCCACUGGGACGAACCGGAGCUUAUACUCAAGACAGUGAUGGCGUGUAUCGAAUGAUAAAUCGUGGUAUACGUCUGGAUGUAAAUGUGCACUCUUUUGGAUUUGAGUCCUGCGCCAUGCCGCGAUGAUCA